AUGGAGCCCGACCAAAAUUUCGGAGUCUUGAACGACUUGACGAUGGUGGAUGCUGGUCCCUCUGGUGAACAUAUCUACACCCUAACAAGAACCUUAGAAAUGCCCCAAGGAGCAGUGCUUUGCUUAGGGACAACAGAUGAUGGACAGUAUCUAGCAGUGGGUGGUACCGGUGGCAUCACAUUGUGGAAUCUCCAAUACGAAAAAGUCCUGGCUUGUCCUUCUGGUGAGGGACAGAGAGGAGCUACCACUGUUUUGACCUGGGUUCGAGAGACUGACGAACCCAUGGAGCUUCUUUUCUUUGGGACCCAGAAUGGUCACCUGGUCACCUGGAAACAGACCAUACUGCAAGGCAAAGUAUUUGAAGAAACACAGUCACUUCAAAUCUGCAAUCCCAGUGAAAUCACCUGCCUUGACUAUGACCCUUCAUACAACAGGCUGGUUGCGGCAAACCACUGUGGCAGCAUUGUCCUCUUUUCUGUUGAGAGUUCUCUAAUCCCUCUCAGCUAUAUUACGAUCCCAGAUUAUCUCCCCAAAGUGAUUUUCUUUGGUCAAGUGUCUGGAAGCGAUGCAAGUCGUGAACUUUUGGUUCUCAGCUUGGAAGGCCAAAUACACGUCCUUAGACAUCAUGACAGGAAAAUGCGCAAGCACAAGUCUCUUGAUGUCAGCGGAAAAAUUGGCAAUGCUGCAAUCACUAGUGCCAAAGACAUCCUUGGGAUAGAUGACCCUUCUGAAGGUGUAGCACUUUAUCGUCUACAAGACGGAGCUAGGGUGUGGACUUUCCCGGUACCUGUCAGGAAGUCUUGUCGUCCGCGUCAGGUUGCAUUUGCGGAAGAAGGCAAAGUUGUUGUUUCUGGUAGUGAUCAUGGCAUGGUAUAUGUCUUUGACUGUAGGAUGGGUAGUAAGAUUGAUGCAUUACGCAUAGACCGGGAGGACUGGGUUCAGACUUUGGCGACUGUGUCCCUCAAAGAGAAGCCUUGCAUCUUGGCUGCCAGAUCUCGAGAGCUAGAAAAGCCAGCCUUGAUCUUCAUCUGGGAAAAAGGAACAAAGACCUCGACCAUGACUACCAUCCUAAAACCUCUAACCUUUGGGUGA